AUGAGUGAAGGCCAGAUACUUAAUGUAUGGAAGGACAAUCUCCACGGGGAGAUGAAGAAGAUAUCCCAGCUAAUAAAUAGGUAUAACUACAUAAGCAUGGAUACCGAGUUUCCUGGUGUUGUUGCCAAGCCGAUUGGAAGUUUCAAGUCGCCCUCCUCGUUUGCAUACCAACAACUAAGAUGCAAUGUGGACAUACUGAACAUUAUCCAGCUAGGGAUAUCUCUGAGCGAUGGCCAGGGCAACAGGCCGUGCCCCAUAAACACAUGGCAGUUCAACUUUGCAUUUAGCCUUGAAACGGACAUGUAUGCACAGGAGUCGAUUGAUCUUCUCAUUCAAGCAAGAAUAGACUUUAAGGAGCACGAGAGGAGGGGAAUCAAGGUGGAGGAGUUUGGAGAAGUGCUGAUGACGUCUGGGCUUGUGAUGUCUCCGGAUGUCGUGUGGGUCUCUUUCCACUCUGCUUAUGACUUUGGAUACCUCAUAAAGAUCCUGACAUGCAACCCUCUUCCGGAAAGAGAAGAGGACUUCUACAGAUUCCUUGCAGCCCUGUUUCCGGACUUCUACGACAUAAAGUUUCUUGUGCAGAACAGCAAGUAUUUGAAGAAGGGGCUGCAAGAGAUAUCCAACGACCUUGGGCUUGUCCGGGACGGGAUCCAGCACCAGGCAGGCAGUGAUGCGCUCCUGACAUCGCAUGCGUUCUUCAAAACUAGAGAGGUCCUUUUCAACAAAAGCAUAGGAAAGGAGUUUAUGUGUAAGUUGUUCGGUAUUGAGGUCAAGGACACCCCCUAA